UAUUUUGAAAUAACGGACGUUUGUUGCUGUAACGUUCAUCGUCAGCCAGAGCACAGCGAAGGGCUCUGUAUCGAUUUAUGCGGUGCUUUGAUUUUAAUAGUUUGUUUUUAAAUGAGUGAUAAAAGCGAGAGUAAUGAUGAUAAAAGCAGAAAUCGCAGCGUGGUGUAUGUUUACAGUCCGGAGUACAUCCAGACAUGCGACUCCCUGUCUAAAGUGCCAAACCGGGCGAGUAUGGUGCAUUCAUUGAUUGAGGCCUAUGGCUUAUUACAAUACAUGAGGGUGGUGAAGCCUCAUGUGGCUUCAAUAGAGGAGAUGGCCGUGUUUCACACAGACUCUUACCUACAGCACCUGCACAAGAUCAGCCAGGACGGGGACAAUGAUGAUCCUCAGUCUGUUGACUUUGGACUGGGUUAUGACUGUCCGGUGGUGGAGGGUAUUUUUGAUUACGCCGCUGCCGUUGGAGGAGCCACUCUGACUGCUGCCCAGAAUCUGCUGGAUGGAAAGUGUGAUGUGGCCAUCAACUGGGCCGGAGGGUGGCAUCACGCCAAGAAGGACGAGGCAUCUGGGUUCUGUUAUGUGAAUGAUGCUGUUCUUGGAAUCCUCAAACUGCGCCAGAAGCAUGAGAGAGUUCUCUAUGUGGAUGUGGACCUUCACCAUGGAGAUGGUGUGGAGGACGCUUUCAGCUUCACCUCUAAAGUCAUGACAGUGUCUCUGCACAAGUUCUCCCCUGGCUUCUUCCCAGGCACAGGUGAUGUGAUUGACACUGGGCUGGGCAAAGGACGCUGGUACGCGGUGAACGUCCCCCUCGAGGAUGGCAUCCGUGAUGAUCAGUACUGCCAAACCUUCACUAGUGUGAUGCAGGAAGUCAAAGCUCUGUUUAACCCUGAAGCAAUUGUGAUGCAACUCGGAGCAGACACCAUGGCGGGUGACCCCAUGUGCUCCUUCAAUAUGACUCCCGUCGGAGUCGGAAAAUGUCUGAACUAUAUACUGGACUGGGAGUUACCCACUCUGCUUCUAGGAGGAGGCGGCUAUAACCUUGCCAAUACUGCCCGCUGCUGGACCUAUCUAACCGGGACAGUCCUAGGACAGACUCUGUCUUCUGAGAUCCCGGACCACGAGUACUUCACUGAAUACGGCCCGGAUUAUUCCCUGGAGAUCAGCCCGAGCUGCCGACCCGACCGCAAUGAGAGCCAGCAUCUGGAGCGGGUCAUCAGCACCAUCAAAGGGAAUCUGAAGAAUGUAGUUUAGGAGUGGGCUCCCAGCUUGUGUUUCCGAAUCAGGCCCUGCUCCUCUAAUGAAGAUGGUGUGUCGGAGCCAUCACCAGAGGGGAGAUUGGUAAACAUUACUUGAAAGUUUCCGGAGGGAAAAACAUUAAAUGCAGAGAUGGGCCAGUGUUGCCACAUUUGAACGGUUUUAGUCAAUGUUGGAUAUGGGGCAGAUAUUUAAUAGGUGUACUUUUUUACAGAUAUCCAAAGCCAUUUUCAGGUGAAAUUGAGUGUGAAUGCAACAUGUUGAGGGUGCAGUAUGUUACAAAUAACAUGUUUGGUUUUUUGUCACUUUCUGUUUUAACUGUAUGGGAUCAUUUGUAAGUGAGAUAUUGUCUUGUCAAAGAUGCAUCCCAGAAACAUGUCGAACCAUGGUUGCACAGGGCAAGUCAGUGAGAUAUUUACAGUUUGUCUUCAUUCCCCUAAAUGUAACCAUCUUUUAUCAUUUUUAAUUGCAAUAUCUUGCAGUGAAUUCCAAGUCACGUUGGCUUCAUAAACUGUGUUAUGUUGCCUGUGGCAUGCUUUUUACCACAAUGUUUAUUUUCUUGUGUUUGAUGAGUGAGUCAAAAAUUGCAAAUGUUUUCAAGCUGCCUGUCAACUUAAAAUUUUUGUAUAAAUGCUCUUCUGUUAUAUAUUAAAAUCUAAAAAAGAAACUGUGUGGC